AUGAGUGCGACUUCUCCUUAUGACAACCUAGUCAGAGAUGAUGAGAACAUGGAAGCGACAAGUAAGAAAAACGGACAGUGGGAUGAUAGUAUGGCCCUGGCUACUGUUAGAAUGAAAGACGCUGUCCAAACCACUAAGGCAUCCAAUGAGAAGAUGAAAGAAGCCGAAACUCUCCUAGCUUAUGUUGAGGAACUAACUAAGCAAUACCCUGCCAAUUGGGUAAAACGGGGAAUACACCUGAAGGCCCACUUAAGAGCUUAUUGUGACCAAUUGGUCGGAAAUGGUGGGAAUGAAGCUUUGUUCAUGAGGUUAUUCAGUCGAAGUCUAUUAGGAACAGCCAUGGAGUGGUUUAUCAUACAAGACAUUAGUCGAUGGAAGACAUGGGAAGAGAUGGCAAGUUCAUUCAUAGAGAGAUUCUGCUUCAAUGUGGAAAAUGUGCCUGAUCGCUUCUCAUUGGAGAAAUUUUUUCAGAAAUCAACUGAAACCUACAGAGAAUAUGCUAGUUGCUGGAGAGAUGAGGCGGCGCAUAUACAACCACCUAUGAUUGAAGCCAAGUUUGUAGCUGCAUUUAUACGGUACCAAGAAGCUGACUGUUUUGACAAAAUGAUAACUAUAAAAGGGAGCUCCUUUGCAAAUUUAGUCGCCGUUGGGGAAGACAUUGAAGGCGGCCUCAAGACUGGUAAGAUUUUCAGUAUAUUAAACAGAUCAGGCGCGUCUGGCGCCAUAAGUGGCAAAAAGAAGAAAGAAGACGUAGCCUAUGUUUCCGGAGCUACUAGUCCAAAAAGCUGA